AGAAGCACCGGGUAGUUCAACAACCUCUGGGACCCAGUCAGGACCACCUGUUCUACCGUCUGUAGGGGGGGUUCCGUAGCAUGGCCGCAUCCAACGAUUUUGACUUGAUACGUUUGAUGGCAGUAAUGAUAGAAAACGGCAUUUCUCGUCUGGAUGUUGGAGAGAUUAAAGUUAUGGAAGACCCUGCUGUGUUGAAGUCUAAAAUGUUGUCGGCCAAUGUCGACGAGAAAUGUGCUGUAACAAAGAAAAGUGAAGCCGAGACGUCUGUGUUGAGUAACAGUUUAUGUGAUAUUCGUAUUGACCAGAUGGGGGACUUUGAAUCCUUGCUGAAAUUCGACCAACAGUCUGACGUGUGCGGCAGUAAACAAGGCGUCAAGCCAAAGGACUUGUGUACAGUGUGUUUGGAUGUUGAUUGGUGCAGCUGUAACAGGUCUUGUAUGAAUAGCCUGAAUUCAGACUUUAAUAGUGACAAUAAGAUUACAGACGACGGCUACCUCAGUGACGGCUACACCCGGUUUGGUUAUAAUAAGCUUGGCGAGAAACGCUCAGACGUUAACAUUCGUGGCUACAACACCAGGAACUACGACCGUGAAGGCUACAACAUCUACGGUUACAACAAACAUGGCUACACUCGCAACGACUACGGUGAAGACGGAUAUAAUAAAGAUGGGUUUGACUGUGAUGGAUUUAACCGGAUGGGUUUCAACUUCCAUGGACUUACACGCAAUGACUAUGACUCUGAGGGUUACGAUUCUUAUGGCCAUGACUGCUAUGGCUUCGACAAGAAUGGACGCAACUGGUAUGGCUUAAGACCCGAAGAUUACGAUGAGAACGGUCUAGAUAAAUUUGGUUACAAUUACAAUGGGUUCUAUAAAGUACCCCAACGAAAUAACACGGAAGAGGCGACUCAGUUUAGCGGAGAAAAGGUUGGAGCCCCGUCCCAGGCGGUGGCGGCGGCCAACUUGGCGUCUAGGGAGGCGGUGCUGGCGGUGACGAGGACCCUGGCCAUCAUGGCUGUCUCGCAGGCACAAGAACAUAUGAAACGUCUCCGUAACUCUGGAGUGUGACUCAAAACUUCCAGCAGGUUGUGGAAGAGCACUUGCCAGGGACUGCAGUGCACAUCCGCACUAGUGACUGACGAUGCAGGAGAGGUGACGUCUGUCGUGACGGAGACGACUGGACUCUUUCGGUGUUCCUUGACGAGGUGGUGUGGUUGGCCUCGUCAUGGGUUGCUGCCAACACGUCUUCUGCCACUUUAAACGUGACUUUACUCUGAAGAUAUUUUAUCCGCCCAGGUUAAGUCUGCCUAUAGAAUGCUAAUUACAAAAAAACGGCAAUACUUUGCUUUAAGGUUACCUUUUAUGACAAUGUGUACACCAUUAAUAUUUUCUUAAUUUUAAAGUAAUCUUGAGAGCUGAAUAGUGUAAAUAUCUACCUAUACCUAUUUUAAGCCUAAUUCUCAUUAAUUAAUGAACACAUCAGAAUUUGUAUCUUGGUAUGUUCAGCAUGUUUCUUUAGAAUGUUUAAUUAAAAAAGGUUACAUUAGCUAAGUUUUAAGGACUUUUAAAACGAAAGUUAAGGACUUUUUUUUUUUUUUUUUUGUACAAAAUAAAAACUGCUUCCCGGGUCAAGACUUGCGUUCAAAUUAAGGUUGAAAAUAUUUCAUAGACGACGCGCAAUAAGGCCUUAUUAACUCUUGAUUGUAUCUUGUCUGUAUAAACAUACUUUUAAGAAAUAAGAACAUUA